GCUGGCUGUCUGCUCUCAGAACAACCUCGGCCAUCGACUGUAGCAGCAGCAAAACGCGUGCUGAGGGUGAAAAAUUUUCCAUGCAAAGCUGGAAAAAGCAAGAGGAAGGUGAAUUUCUAUUAUCGUAGACAAGGAUAAUGAUUAGCGGUGCACAUUGUGAUUGAAUAUUCGGUGAAUCGGCACUCAAACGGUGGAAAUCGAUUACGCGGUGAACGGCAAACUCGUGUUUUGGCCCGCACGAGUUCAAUAUUCACGGCUGAGCAAAGAGAAGUUAUCGGGAAGAAGAGUGUUGAAUCAGUGAAGCAGAAGGCAAAGAAGAAAGAGGAAGAAGAAGAAUCAGUGUAAAGCAGCAGCAGAAGUGUCGAGUCGAGUUGAACGAAAAGCUCCUCGCUCGCUGCUCUGCUCUGUGUGGUGUGCAAAGUGCUAAAAGUGUGAGGAAGGAAAAAAUUCACCUUUCUGAACAGGAGGAAAAUUAACCUGCAAACGAACGGAUUUUGUGGAUUAAAUAGCAGGAUGUCGACGCUGCACUUCGUGGUGCAUCCGCUGCCCGGAACGGAGGAUCAACUAAAUGACAGAAUCCGUGAGGUGGCGGACAAAAUCAACAAGUACGGUGUCCAGACGCUGCCGGCGCUUCAGUCGCUCAAAGUCCCUGUCAAACAAAUCGUGGUCGGUCCGGCCCAUCUCGGUGUGCUGCUGGAAGAUGGACGUGCAUUUCGCGUAGCUUUUUCGAUCAUUCCGGAACGGUUGGAUCUGAGCAAACAGGAUGCGAACAAGGCCAGUGGUAACGCAGGUGGCAGUACGGCCAGUCAGUCGAACAACAACUCGAAGAAUUCACCCGCCUCGAGACAAUGCCGAUCUCGGGCCCGAAUAAUGCGCACGAGCAGUUCGGUUCGCGGCGGCAGCAGUUCACAGGGAUCCGGAUCGCGUAGUACCGGAGUCAUCAUGGGCGGAGGAUCGUCCGGCAGUCGGUCGCUGGUUUCGGUGCCGGCUCCGUUUGUACCGGAGGAACUUGUGACGCAGGCACAGGUCGUGCUGCAAGGCAAAAGCCGAAAUUUGAUCAUCAGAGAACUGCAACGGACGAAUCUUGACGUGAACCUGGCGGUGAACAAUUUACUCUCGCGUGAUGACGAAGGUGGUGACGACACGGAAGAGGGCAGUGAUAACUACGUGGCAGAGGAUUUGAUCUCCCUGCUCGACGGUGGGUUCCACGCCGACAACAGUGUGAUCAUAGAUGCGGAAGCGAUGUUCUCGGAGGAUAUGUUCGGGUUCUCGAACAUUAGAAAUUUGAUGUUAUACAGUCGUGCCCGUAGUGAACGAAAUCAGAACAGCUCGUCAUCGGCUGCUGCUGGCGGUGGAGGAGGAGGAGGAAGCAGUGGCAGUGGCGGCGGAGGAAGUGGCUCCGGAGGCGGAGGAGGAGGAGGAAGUUCGGGCAAUGGAGGAUCUGGAGCGGCUGGCGGAAGUGGAAGCGGAGUUGAUGUAGGUUCCGGCCGCCCAAGUAGUGGUAGUUCGGCUGGAGUCGGUGGUUCCAGCGGAAAUGGAGUCAAUGUCGCUGGUAGCAGUGUUGGCGGAUCAGUCGGCGUAGGCAGCGGAAGUGGGGGAUCUGGUGGCCUAAGUAGCGCCGAACGGGAAGGAUUUGGCCGUUGGCGUGAUAGGCAGUACUUUGGACCGCGUCGAUGGUUCCAGAGUGGCCGCGAGGACGGCUGGGACAAGGAAAGUGUUAAACUUUAUUAUUCCCUAGAUCCAAAAAAGAAAGAAUACGGAUCCGGCUAUCCCCUGUGGGUGUCAGAUGAGCUAGAACCAUGGCCAGAGAAGGAUAUGCCCGUACGUUUCACCGAGAUUGCAUCGCUGUAUUCCGAGUUUAUCGGUGUAACCAGUAAGGGUGAACUGCAUCAAUGGCGCUGGGCAGACGUAGAACCGUAUCGAAGUACAGAAUCCAUCAACAUUUUCCAUCCCAAAACAGUUCCCUUAAACCUAUUAUACGAGAAGGUAAUUCACAUCUCAGCAACUUCCAUUCGUUGCUCGGUGUCCACUGAGAGCGGUCGAAUCGCAACUUGGAUGGAUGAAUUGCUUGGCUAUGCUGGAAGUAAGCUAGAACACGUCGCCACCAGCUAUCCGGAGUUUGCACUAGACAAAAUCGUAUCCUUACAUACGUGCACCUUAUACACGGUAGCUAGAACGGAAAGCGGCGAACUGUUUUGGUGGGGCGUUCUGCCCUUCGGACAACGAAAACGCCUGUGGGAUAAAUAUAAAGCCAAGGCGAAAAAGCCGGUACGGCCCAGUGUAAAUACUCCAGAGGUGACUGUCGGUGCGCAAGUUUGCAUGAAGAACAGUCCCAUGUAUCAGCAUGGUGCCAUUGGAUUUACGAUAUCAAACGGCGUUCCAAAGGUUGGCCAAUUGCUCAACGCCGCCUGGGAUUUGACCAAUAUCUGCCGCUUCAAGCUCAUAUCGAUGUCUACGCUUUCGCAACAGUUGGGAUUGGUAACCGGAACAAGCUCCAAUGCUCCGUUGGGCAAUCUGGCACCGUGUGCAGAGAAAGAAAAGCCUCAGAGUUCGAGCGGUACCAGUUCCUCCAAGCAGAGCUCAGGUGGCAGCAACAAGGAGACGGCCGACCGGUUGGAUAUGCCUCCACCUCCGUCGCCGGCUUCGAGUACUUGCAGUGACACCGGCAGCGUGAGCAACUCCCACAAACGACAGAAGCGAAUGGCUCCGAAGGACGAUUCGGAGACGAAGAAGGAUGAGGAACAGUGGUUGCUAAAGGAUGUCAUCUUUGUCGAAGAUGUUCGCUCGGUCCCCAUCGGAAGAGUGUUGAAAGUGGAUGGCGACUAUGCUGCGGUUAAGUUUCCGCCGUUGGUACCACCUGCAAGUGCCAGUGGUGCCUCCGGCAGUAAUAGCAAAGAUAAGCUGGAUGAUACAAUCGAAGCUUGGCAGGAUUGCCGAUUGCUGCGCAAAGACGAUCUGCAAGUCAUCAAAUCGGCGACCACUUCCCGAGUACCGGAUUGCUUCCAGAAAAUUCCCAGAAGGAUCGUACUAAAUCCACAUCUUCCUAGCGGUGAGACCGGUUCGCAGCUGUUGACAAUUGCGGUCGAUUCUAAAGGUAUUCAUGCCAUUAUGAGGACCGGAAGCAAGUUACACUAUUGCUUAUUCAACUUGAACACCGGACGCCAGGAGCAGGACAGUAUUUUCCCAACGGAUAUUGCAUCUUUCCUGGGAUCCUCGCCGUCGAACGUUUCUUUGACCUGUGCUGGCGAUUGUUCGGAUAGUGUGUUGCUGCUGCGAGACGGAAACAAUACCAUCUAUCCCAUGUCCAAGGAUUGCGUUGAUGCCAUAAGAGAUCCUACGUGGUUAGACCUGCCACCUAUCAAAUGUAUUGCUGCUGCUUCGUUGACGCUUCCUUCGGUUGGGGUAAACUUGAAAUCACAAGUAUCACUUGUAGUCUUGGCCCCUGAACAGCAACUAUUGAUGUCCAGAAUUCUGCGAUGUGACUUGGAGGGAGUACGUCAUGUACUUGGUCAGUUGGAAGGCGAAUUGAAAAGUCAGCUGGUAUCGAUAAUUUCGGAACACACUGAUGGUAAUAGAAACAUCGUACAUGCCUGCAUCAGUAUGUGCUCGCCAACGUCGAAUAAAGACUCUGAUCAUGAUCCGUUGGCACAGGGUGGAUCUGGAAGUGGUUCAAAUGGAAACGGUGGUUCAGGAGGUAGCCUAUCUAAUUCAGCUGCCUUGGAGUGCAUCAAUGUCAUCACCAACACCAUGAUGGGCAAUCGCCCAGUAAGCAUUCGUGAAAUUAUGCGUCGCAGUGUGAAUCGCGAAAUGGACUCUUCCAACUCCAACAGUGCCCCUCUUCCACCAGGAAGUGAUGAAGCACCUGGUGGAUCCCUUCCUGUCGUCUACUGGCCACCGGAAUAUGAUGUAGCAAGCGGAGACGAAGACAGUAUGAGUGGUUUGAAUGCCUCACAAUCACAUAAAUCUAUGAACGAAACAUACAUCUCAGAUCCCAACGAGCGUCGCGCAAAUGCUCUCCAGAUCGUACAACUACUGUGUGAAAGUCCCGUUUUGCAGCCAUACCUAAAGCAACUACUGAGUGCAAAAGAUGCCCAAGGCCAAACCCCGUUCAUGCUGGCCGUGACAUGUCGUGCCUAUCAGGCCGGAAUCAUUGUAUUCAACGCCAUUCUGAAAAUCGCAAAUGGCGACGCUGCUGUGCGGGAUUCUAUGAUCUUCCCAUCGGGAAGUGCCCCGGAUCAAUCGCCGUUGGGAAUUUUGUGUUGCAAUGACACGUGUUCCUUCACAUGGACUGGAGCGGAUCACAUCAACCAGGACAUCUUCGAAUGCCGUACCUGUGGACUUACGGGUUCCCUAUGUUGCUGCACGGAGUGUGCCAAGGUGUGUCACAAAGGCCAUGACUGCAAACUGAAACGUACUUCUCCAACGGCUUAUUGCGAUUGUUGGGAAAAGUGCAAAUGUAAGGCGUUGAUCGCAGGCAAUCAAACCAAACGCUACGAACUACUGUGUAAAAUUGCCACAGACACCGAUUUGGUCACACGCUUCAAUUCUCGUGGCGAGUCCAUUCUCCUGUUUCUGAUUCAAACCGUGGGACGCCAAAUGGUCGAGCAACGCCAGUACCGAGCCACUUCGCGUGUGCGUAACUCAUCCGGAAGUGCUCGGAAAACUCCUUCCCUGGAUACUGAGAGUGAUAUGCCGGAGCAUGAUCUAGAACCGCCUCGUUUCGCCCGGAAGGCACUGGAUCGCCUAUUGAAUGAUUGGCCUGCGGUACGAUCGAUGAUCAUGACCGGCGCCGGAUUGGAGAAACCCAUAGUUCCAAAUGCCAACCAGCCUUUCUAUGACGAUGAUAACCAGCAGGUGUAUUUGCAGUCGCAGAGUGGAACCACUUUGCUAGAUAAGUUCACCCACAGUUUGAUCGUGAGGUGUAGCAAUGAUCCGUUGGAAAAGUUGCUCGUCACGCUGGUAAAUGAACUGCAAAACGAGACCAUCCCGGGGCGGAUAGAGGAAGCACAGAAGGUUGCAAGGCGUUUCGUUCGUUCAGUAGCUCGAGUGUUCGUUAUCUUCAGUAUCGAGCGCUUCCACAAUCCAGAAAAGUCGAGGAAUUCCACCACGCAGGCCAAGCAUCUGCAGGCGUAUCGUCGUGUCUUCACCACGCUGUUCAAGUUUGCCAUUGAGGAAUUGAUCGAGAUAUCCGAUGCGUUGAUAACACCGGUUCGCUUGGGUGUGGUCAAACCGACGGCACCGUUUUCACUGUCGUCCAGCUCUAUCGAUAGUACUGAUGAUCUAUUCUCGGUGGAACCUUUGGCGCCUCCGACAAAUCGUACCGCAAAUAUCGUUGAUAUUGGCGGUGGAAGUUCGCGUGGUGAUGUGAUUGAAAGCGAGCGCAGCUCAAAUUCCGGUUUUAUGUCUAGAAUCAAUCUACGUCUGCGCGACAUUGAGGACAACAACGAUACAGAUGCCAUGGCACAGGAUGACGGAGAGACAUCCGAGCAGGAAGAGAUGUCCGAAAGAGAACAACCUCCUCCGAGGAGAAGUUCCAGUAUUCGGGCCGUUUCGAAUUCGGUGCCCAUCAAUGCCAGCGAAGAAGAGUCGCAAGAUCCCCUACGGAAUGAAGAGGCUGCCCAAGGCGAGAGUGAUACGGAGUUCAAUUUCCAUGAGGCCGAGACGGAAUCGGAUUCGGACGAUAACCAGAGCACACAGGAUGCGCAGCGUAGCGUUCAAACAGGGGCCACUGCUGGGUCGGAUACAGGUCACGCGUGGAUGUUCGAAAACGAAGAUGAUUCCGGUGAUUCGAGCCAACCGGACGACGAAGGAUCCGAAGAUGGCGAAAGCGAUGAUCACUCUCACGAAGACUUCAGCUUGGCAGAUGAACAGCUGGAGCGUAGACAAACGUCCGGAGGAAAUCAGCGAACCAAUCUGGCUCCACAGUCAAUGCAGUGGGCUAUCCGUAGCCGCGAAACAACUGGUCCGGAGCGAGUUCGGCUCACUACCGGAGGUUCCAAUCUGGUGUUCAUCGAUCCGAACGCGCUCCGUCGAACGACGGCAGCCAGUGCCGCGGUAUCCGCUGCCCAACAGCAGGAAGCUCCAACAAUGACGACCACAGCUAGCGCUUUGGCACGCGCUUUUGGAAUCGUGCUCAGACAGAUUUCCGAUCUGAUUGGAAUGCUACCGACAAGCUUCGCUGGGGCGUCGUCAGCUUUGGACGUUACGCACCAGGAGGCGAUCCAGUUGCAGAUGUACGUUGAGAAACGACUGAAACCCACCUGGGAUUGGAUUCUGACCGUGAUGGAAGCCACGGAAGCACAACUUCGCUUCGGAGCCUCGCUCACCGACUCAACCGAUCCGACGCAUCCGCUGCACCCACUUAAUACGCCAAGCGCAUCGUCUUCUAGCAAUAACAAUCCCACUUCGUCCGGAGGGGUGAUGGGAGUACUUGCAGGCAGUAGAAAUCGUGCCACAAUCACCACGCUAGGCGCAACCACCGCGCGAAGUCUCGGAUUUAGCGACAGCACCAGUAACGAGAGAAGCUCGCGCGAUGGUGGCUCAUCAUCGGACGCCGCAUCGAGCCGUCGCGAUUUCCUGACCUACUGUUUGUCGCUGAUGCGUGCCCACAACUCGGAACAUCGUGACUUCUUGCCCGUGCUGGAUGUGACGGCCUUGCGCCAUGUUGCGUACGUUCUCGAUGCCAUCCUGUUCUAUAUGCGUGCAACCAACGAUUGUGACAUUGAUCGCACUACCACGGGAUCGAACGUUUGGGACGACCAGGACGAAAACGAAAAUGAAGACACCGAAGAGGACAUUUCCACCUCGAUUGUGAUGGAUACCGAUUCGGUGGAUGACGAUCUGAUGCGACCAUCUCUUGGGCGUCGUCACUCGUUCUUCCAGAGAUCCGAUUCAACGCUCUGCCUCGGAUGUCCGGCACCGGAUCCGUUCAACACACCUCUGGCGGAAGCUCUGCCUUUGGCCGAUCAGCCACAUCUAUUGCAACCAAACGCUCGACGCGAAGAAUUGUUCGGCAUGCCAAAACGCCCAAUAACCCUACCGCUAAAUUCUCAACAACCAGGUGAAUCCAACGUCAAUCUGGAGGUACCACCGGUCAGAUUGAGCUUGUCAUCGACAAAUCGAAGUGACAGUACAAGCUCUUCUGCUGGUGGUUCCACUUCAUCUUCAGGCAAUGUUGAAACGGUCGCAAUGGAAAUCUAUCAGGACGAAACUUCGCAAGAGAACAAACCAUCUGGCUCUGGCAAUACGGUUGAGAUUUCCAUUCCGGUCAGCAUCUAUCAGGAUUCCAAACAGCACAAAACGACGAUCGUAGUCAACGAGAAAGGCGAAGCAAUUUCACCCAUCAAGGAGAUUACCGUUGGUUCCGAUUCAGAACCAAAAGCUGGUCCUUCGGGUGAGCAGUCUCAAUCGCCGAAGCCUCCACCACCGCCCCCACCGAUCGCUUCCGGGUCCGGUUCAUCUGGUGACAAUUACUACAAGAAAAACCGACUGUUCUACAUCAAGAACAAAUACAACGAAGAAUCUGACGUAGAGGUCGAUGAGGUUAGUAUAAGUUCGGAUGAACCGCAGGAUUUGUCACAGUCACUAAUCAAAAUUGACGUGGACACUGAUCAGGACCAUGAUGAACUAUCCGAAUCGGAUUCCGAAGACGCACCCCAGUUGAUCGUGAAGCGUCAAAAGAUCGACGAAGGAGCCAUGAAUGACGACGGCACGCUGGUUGUAGGCCAACAGGACGCAUCUGCUUCGUCGAUUCGCCCGCCGAUAAUCGUGACCAGAAGGAAGGUGUCCAUCGAAGCGACCCAACAAGGUGCCAGCGGAAGUGGUUCCGACGGAUCGGCAGCUAUCAUUACGGCCCAAGGAGGCGCUUCAUCCAGUGGAUCUCUGACCGAUCAGCAGGGUACAAUUACGUCGUUUGUGACGUAUACCACGUCCGGAAACCAGGUCACCGUGUCAACGGGAUCCGCAGCCAGUGGUUCACCAGGAAAGAGCGUUAUCGUACGAGCUGGACCCUCUUCGUCGUUUUCGCCUUCCGCAAGCACCAGUGCUGCAGAGGUAAUCCAGCAUGCCGAAGCGAUGGAUCUGCAGGAGAUUUCCGCUCAUGUAACGGUUGAAACAACUCCAAACGUUCAGCAGACGGUGCAACCGGAACUACCGCCCCGUGGAAUCUAUCUCCGUUCGGGUAACAGUCAGGGUCCGCUAAAUUCCUCGAUCCUAUCGGACAUCCUGCUGGGACGUUGGCGUUUGUCGUUGAUUUUGUUCGGAAGAGUGUUUCUGGAGGACGUAGGCGUCGAGCCGGGCAGUGUUAUCUACGAAUUGAACGGAUUUCCCGUGAAAGAGGCUAAGUUCAGACGUUAUAUGGAGAAGCUGCGAAAUUCUCAACAGAAAGAUCUCACGUUGUCCAAAAUGGAGCGCAAUAGGGCAGCUUUGUUGACGCAGACAUUCAAAGAACUGAACACCCAUUACAACAACCGAAGGCUUCAAUCGCCACUGGCGUUCUCACGGGUGAAAGUUACGUUCAAAGAUGAACCAGGAGAAGGUUCUGGCGUCGCAAGAAGUUUCUACACAUCGAUAGCGGAAGCUCUGUUAGCAAACGAAAAGUUGCCCAACCUGGACGCGGCACAAACCGGUUCAGCGAAGUACACAUCGGUUCCGUUCAACACCAUGAUGCAGCGCAGUCGUGGCACUAGCAGUAGCGGAGGAGGAAGUAGCGCAUCUGGUGCUGGAGGAAGCAGGGAUUCGAACGUUCGGCGAGGGCUUUCCAGCAAGCAACCUCUAUGGAGACCGAAUCGUGAAUCUCGCAAAACGCUCAAUUACGAUGCGAGACCUUUCCGACCAGCAAGCGAACAAGGACAAGGUUCUGCGGGUAGUGGUGGAGUUGGAGGCAAUAGCAGUCCACCAUUUUUGCACAUCAACGAUAGUUUACCGGCUCAUCAACAGCAACUAGGCGAACGAUUAUAUCCUAAGGUUCAGGCUCUUUAUCAGAAUAAUGCUCCCAAGAUUACUGGAAUGCUGUUAGAUCUCCCGGCAACUCAAAUCCUAAUGCUGUUGGCAUCUGAGGAAAGCCUCAGACAGAAAGCUAACGAGGCGUUAGAAAUGAUUUUAAGCCGGCAACGACUAGAAAUAGAUAAUCUCAGCGUGGGUGGCUCGUCUUCUUCGGCGACGACUGGCGGUAGCUCCGUUGAUCAACAAGCUGGUAGCAGUUCUGGAUACUCGAGUGCUGGUUUGUCGAAAAAGAGCGGUCCGGUGCUGAUCCUGGAAGAUUGCCAAUUAGACGCUCCACUGUUCUACUCGCCCGGAAAGCGUGGAUUCUACAGCCCCCGACAAGGAUACCCAUCGAGUGAACGACUGAACGCAUUUAGAAAUGUCGGCAGAUUGAUUGGACUGUGCUUACUGCAAAACGAGCUAUUCCCACUGUUCCUGCAACGACACGUGCUGAAACACAUUCUCGGCCGCCACAUCCGCUUCCACGAUUUGGCUUUCUUCGAUCCGGUCGUUUACGAUUCGCUCCGUCAACUGGUCAAGGAUUCGCACACCAAGAGCGGUAUCAGCAUUCUGCAGAGCUUGGAACUGAACUUUGUUAUCGAUCUUAUCCCGGAGGAAGGUUCCGGUUCGGUGGAGAUUGUGCCCGGAGGCCGAGACAUUCAGGUGAACGAAACCAAUGUGUUCGAUUACGUUCGGAAGUACGCCGAGUAUCGUAUGAUCAAGACGCAGGAGAAGGCAUUGGAUGCUAUCCGGUCGGGUGUGUUCGAUGUGCUACCGGAUACGGCACUGGAUCAACUGACGGCUGAGGAUCUGCGGCUGCUGUUGAAUGGCGUCGGCGAUAUUCACGUUGGUACACUGAUCUCAUACACUUCGUUCAAUGAUGAAUCGAACGAAAGCAGCGAUAAGUUGUUGAAGUUCAAACGAUGGCUCUGGAGCGUCGUGGAAAAGAUGAGCAACCUGGAGCGGCAAGAUUUGGUCUACUUCUGGACCGGUUCGCCUGCCCUACCGGCCUCCGAGGAUGGCUUCCAACCGAUGCCAUCGGUAACGAUCAGACCCGCUGACGACGCCCAUCUCCCAACGGCAAACACCUGCAUCUCCCGACUGUACAUCCCCCUCUACUCGAGCAAGGCGGUCCUCCGGCAUAAGCUGCUACUGGCGAUAAAAACGAAAAAUUUCGGAUUCGUUUAGAUGGUUGCCACCCCCCGCACAUUAUUAAGAGUAAGGAGACUAACAACACCCGACAACAACUAGCCUGUACCAAAUUCUGAUUUGGACCAGUGAUAUAAAAAGAAGAGAUACUAUAUAGCCAACCAAUAUCGCAACCAAGCGAAAAUCCCUAAGAAGUGUGCACGCACGAUCAAUGAAAUUGACGAACGGAGCUGUAUUUCUGUAUACAACUUUUCAUUCCACUUCUUUUGUAUGUAAAUAGAUAUAUUCGGUUGAUUGGCGUUUGAUUUCCAAAUUAUAAAAAUCUGUUUUAUUGAAACUCCGCUUUGCAGUUGCGAUUUCUCGUGUAAAAUAAAAGAAACUAAAAAAGCAAAGAUACACCCUCGGUGAUUUAUAUAUAAUUAACACGAUACUCGGAGACGGUGAGAGAAAAGGGCGAAGCAGUUUUACCAACCUUGUGGAAACAAGCAUAAAAAACAGUAAUAAUACACGCGUUCACUUAGUUGUGUCUGACACCUUCAAUCCUUACCGUGGAGAAGCAGAGGAGAAUGAAAGCUACUCAAUGAUGUGUCGCGUUUUAAUGUGAUUGAAUCAUUUAUAUAUUCGAUAUAAAUGCAUCUUUAAGUAAAUUUAUAUAUAUUUAUCAUAUACAAGGAUACACAAUUACUACUAGUACUAUACUACCACUAUUCUAAGCGCAAAGAUCUUUAUCAAAAAAUCACCGCUAACCGCAGGCAGAUAUCGUAUAGAUAGAGUUAGAUUCAGUUCUAAUGUUAAAUUAGCAAUCAAAUUCAGCAGAGAUCAACAGCAAAGAGAGCGUGCUGAUAUAUACACCUAGGGAAGCAGAGAAGAAACCGAAGUAGCUGGCGUGCGUAUUUCCAGGAGUGCUUUGCCAUUGGGCCAAGUGAGCACAGUGCUCCAAAAAUUAUGCCGAUAGCGUUGAAACAGCUACUACCCGAUCGUAGGACCAAUUUAUGUUGUUAUCAUUCUGAUUGAUCGUUCGUUCUAUUAAGUUUACGAUAGAGCAAAACCUUUUUCGUUUAGUAAUUUAUAUCAUGCUAUUAUUAUUAUCAUCUUUAUGAGUCUUCAUUAAUUGUUAAACAACUUUCGGUUCUUUUAUAUCUUCUUUUUUUCGUUUUGCACGCAAAUCAACCAGCAAACCGAGUAAUCAGCAUCCUCUUCUGAAUAGAUGAAAAGAUGUCCAAACUGUAACACCACAGCUUGAUAUGCUGCAGUAGCACACUAACGACACAUCAUGCAGUCUAUGUACCUACCACAGAAGCAGCAAAAAUCACCGGAAAAUGAUAAUAAUAAUCAAAUGGAACACACCUCCUGUCUGUUCACAUACACACCCGCGCACUGUACUAGAUGGUGUUUUAUCGAAAAUGAUAUCAAACUGUUACAACUCAAAAAUACUACAAUAAGCCAACUGAACUAUUAAUUCGUAAUUUCAAAGAAAUACAUUUUAAACACAUGUAAAAAGUU